AUGGGCUGCUCACAGUCAUCCGGGUGCAUUGAGGCCAGUCGGCAGCACUCUUUCAAGGGUCUUGCCAAGCACGACGACAUAAAGAGCGCACUUCAAGUCCGAGACAAGGUUAUGGUGGAGUGUGAAGAGCCGUCAUUAAUGAAAGACUUUGACUCAUGGAGGCAUGUGAUGGACGAAGACGACAUGAAGGCGCUGGAGAGUGGAAAGAGCCUACCGAUAAACCGCACGGCCCACCAACAGAUUUCGCAGCAGACUCGGAGUGCCUUGAAGAAGUUGGUGGAUGAUCCGGAAGCGCUCCAGCGCCUUGUCAAGAAGCACCGGAUGGCUGGAAACGACGACAUUUCGGCUUUUGUAAUCCACGGGGCGACGAAUCUCGGCGAUUCAGCGGUAGUCCUCCAAUCUAUGAGCUGCGCCGGUGUAGUGUCGGGAACCUGA